AUGAGUAAAAGAGGAGUAUGAGCACAGUUUAUUAUUAUUAAAGGGCCUUCUGUAUUGACAAUGGCAUUGAUAGGAUACACUUUGUAUGGAUUUAACUUUAGGUUCUUGUCAAGCGCACCAAAUUAUUUAGGAAUGGUUAUUACUGUUCUCUUUGGAAUAGCGUUCAAUUUGAGCAUGAUUAUGGGAACUUGGUCAUACGGAAGGAUAUUAUGUACUCCUCCUGGACAUCCUUCAAAGGAUUUCAAAGAGGAGAAUCCUCAAGUUUAUGAAAAUGUGGUAAAAGAAUCUCAAGGAAUGCCUGAAAGGCAAAGAGAUGGCACACCAAACGAUCUUGAGAGUAAUCCAGGGGAGUAUAAGCCUACCAUACUUCAAAAUAAUGAAGAGACGAAGCUGACAUUAAAUUUUAGUAUUAAAGAGGAGAAGAAUGAGCCUCUAGUGGAAAGAAAUAUUAGAAACUCUGAAUCGGAAAAUGUUUCGAGGCAUGCUAAGUUUCGGUAUUGUAAAUCUUGUGAUAAUAUCAAACCUCCCAGAGCUCAUCAUUGAUCAACAUGCCAGAAAUGAAUUCUUAGGAUGGACCAUCAUUGACCUUGGGUAGGCAACUGAGUUGGACUUGAUAACCACAAGUACUUUGUACUAUUUCUAGUCUAUGCUUGAACUUCCGGAAUUAUUUCAACAGCAGGAAUGCUGACUGCAAUCUUUGUAGUCAAAGACAAGGAAGAUAGUGAUAAAAUAUCUUCGGAUAUUCAUUUCCUUAUCUGUGGUGGAAUCUCUCUUGCUGUCACAUGAGCAGUAGGUCUCCUACUCUGAGUCCACAUCUACCUUCUUUGAGUAAAUGAGACUACAAUUGAAGCUGGCUCCUUCAAAGGAAAUAAUCCUUUUAGAGAGAAUACAUGAAGGAAAAACUUUGAAGUGAUUUUUGGUACAAAUGGCUGGACUUGGUUUAUUCCAGUAGUUCCUUCAAGGCAAAAUACUAAAUAUCAGAACAUUGAGCAAGACCAUCCUCCAAUAAUUCCUUAUAAAAGUUUGUAAU